AUGGCCGGGGAGGUGGGCUGGGGGCAGAGGGGUUGGAAGGAGGUUUGGAAGGAGGGUGGGGAUGCGGAUGUGGAUGUGGAUGUGCUGUGGCGGCUGGCGGGGUUGAGGGAGGCGCUGGGGUUGACGCCGGGCUGGGUUGCGUGGUUGAGGGGGUGUAUGCGCCGGUUUGUGGCCGCCGUCCUUGCUGCUCGCGAGCAGGUCCCUGGGCACGUCUUCACCGCCGCCCAGCAAUCCCUCUACAAGUGGACGGUUGGCAUCGGCAACCGCCCCUGCCGCAACAUCACCUGCAAUACCCAUCGCAUGGCGGCUCUGGGCGUGUCUCUUCUCUGGUCCGGUCUCUACCUUCGCACCGAGCUGAAGAGGUCGUUGCAAGAUAUUAUCUCGGCACUGCAAUACAUCACCGCAACGGACGCCGAGCUGGCGGCGGUUGCCAUUUGA